AUGGCUCGCCCUCACCAGCGUCUUGAACAUGAAGCCAUGCUGGACGAGCCCGAGCUUCGAGAGCUCUUCGUUGAGGGUAGAAACCUUCGCUCGGAGCUGACUAGCAUGAAAUCCAUCCGUGCCGAUAGGCAGGCCGCCAAGUGUAAUCCCGCCAGUGAUAUGGAGGAACAGGGGGUGGAUACUGUGGCAGAAAAAUACGCUGGAGGGGACAUCGCCCUGACAGACGCCCGAGAGUCGAAGGUCAGCAGAGUCUCGAUAGUAGCUGGAUAG